AUGUUUUUUCUACCAUAUUUAGUCAUAGAAAAUCAGCGUAAGACCUUAAUUCCAGUUACAAGAAGAGAAAGCCUAAAUAUGGGAAGAACUAACAAUGAAAAACCUGAUGAUCCAGUGUUUUCACCAGAAAGAAAUGAAGGGAAAGAAGGUGAUGGCCUGCGUCGCUCCUUCCGGCAGAGGAAAGCAGUUGAGCGCUAUGAAUCUCCAUUGGAAAAUCUAAGAAAACGUAAACGAAGGUCUUCCAAAUGUACUUCACCUGUCAAAGAGAAAGAUUCAUGCAAAAAACUUAAAAGGUCUCUUUCGGCCAACUCUAAGAAAGAUGACAUAAAGGGAGUCCCAAAUGAUCACAGGAAAACUGAAGCAACUCGGAAAGGCAACUUAAGUGAAGUUCAUAAAGAUCACAUAAUAAUUGGAGCAAGUCUGGCUGGUGUGGAGCAAAUGCAAAUAGAUGGUUCAGCACAAUUUCAUUGUGUAGGUGGUCUAUCUGACCACAUUUCAGCUUUAAAAGAGAUGGUCAUUUUGCCGUUGCUUUAUCCUGAUGUCUUUGAGAUAUUGAAAUUUAAACCUCCAAGAGGCUGUUUAUUCUAUGGUCCACCAGGGACUGGAAAGACCCUGGUUGCUCGUGCACUUGCUAACGAAUGUAGUAGAGGUGACAGGAAAGUGACAUUUUUUAUGAGAAGUGCUGCUGACUGCAUGAGUAAAUGGGUAGGAGAAUCUGAACGACAGCUUCGUUUAGUAUUUGAGCAGGCCUACCAGAUGCGACCUUCAAUUAUUUUCUUUGAUGAGAUCGAUGCUCUUGCUCCUGUACGGUCCAGCAAACAAGACCAGGUUCAUAGCUCUGUUGUGGGGACACUUCUGACACUUAUGGAUGGCUUAGCCAGCAGAGGAGAGGUUGUGGUAAUAGGAGCCACCAACAGACUGGAUUCUAUAGAUCCUGCUUUGCGAAGACCUGGGCGCUUUGAACGAGAAUUCCGCUUCAACUUGCCAAACAAAGAGGCAAGAUUAGAAAUUUUCAAAAUUCACACACGAGACUGGACCCUGAAGCCAUCAGACAACUUACUUGAAGACUUGGCUGAGAAAUGUAUUGGAUUCUGUGGUGCUGAUAUUAAAGCCUUAUGUGCUGAUGCUGGGCUCUGUGCUUUGCGCCGCCGCUAUCCGCAGAUACAUGAGAGUGACAAAAGACUGAAGAUAGAUGCCAGAUCAAUUAAAGUAACAGCAAAGGAUUUUGCCAUGGCCAUGCAGAAGAUUGUUCCAGCAUCACAGAGAGCUGGGGCUUCAUCUGGGAGAGCACUACCACCUAUUUCAAAGCCGCUGUUAGAAAACACCUUGGAAAGAAUUUUACAAGCCUUGCAGAGAACAUUCCCCCAUGCAAAGCUUGCACUGAAGAAGAACGAAGGGAAUGAUGGGAUUGACAGUGAUGAUGACUCACCAUCAAUCUCUGAAAAGAGGCCUUACAGCAAAAGGGCAGAAUUCCACACUUUUAGUAGAAAUCUUUCUUGCCAGCCAACGUCUUUCAGGCCACGGUUCUUACUAGUUGGAGAGCCAGGAUGUGGGCCGGCUUUUGAUUUGGCACCUGCCAUAUUACACGCCCUGGAAAAGUUUCCAGCCUAUACACUAGAUUUAACAAACUUGUUUGUUAGCACCACAUCACAGGAAGGAACAUGUUCACAGUUGAUACAAGAAGCUCAAAGAACAGCACCAAGUAUCAUUUAUAUCCCACAAAUCCCUUCGUGGUGGGAAGCUGCUGGACCUACACUGAAAGCUGGUUUUACAGGACUACUGAAUAGCAUUCCAUAUUUUGCUCCAGUUUUGCUCCUUGCAACAUCUGAUGUGCCACAUGAAGAUCUCCCUGAAGAGAUAAAAGCAUUGUUUAAUACCAAUCAUGGAGAAGUUUUCAAUAUCCCGCGGCCUACCUGUGCUGAAAGAAAAGCGUUUUAUGAGAACUUGAUUAUGAAGCAAGCUGCUGAACCUCCUGCAUCAAAAAACAAUAUUGGUUCACAGGUACACCUUCCUGCAAGAUGUUCUCAGGUGGAUGUGCAACCACAAGUAUGGGACAAGAAAGCAAUCAAAAUUCAAAAACGAGGAGUAUUUGUGGAUUACUCUGAGCUCAGAGAACCAGAAAAGGACCUAGAUUUUUAG